AGAUCAUAACAGCAGCAACAAACGAUACAAUAGAUUCAGACUUAUCACGACUUUAUUAAGAUGAAUGAAGCAACAUUAAUGGACUGGAAAAACGAGAUGAGCAAAAUGCUUGCUGGAUUCGAGCGUCAAGCAAAUCAUACUCUGGGCAUAAUUAAGUUGGCUUUCAAGCGCAAUGGUUUGUCAUUUGAUCCGAAUUUUAAGCAUUACUUUCUACGAGCAUCGAAUGAGCGAUUAAUAACCACCUACCAUCAAUUCGAAAUUGAUAUACAGCUUGAAGAACAGAUGAUCAAUUGUACUCCUGUAGGAGCUAUAAACUCAGUCAGGGAUCAAAUUGAAGACAAAGACUCAAUUCCAAAGAUUUAUGUAAUCGAAAUCAAUGAUUCAAGUGAUGAAGAAGGCACCAGAGGAAACAUCACGAACAAUUGUAAUAAUACUUUGGCUUCUGUUCGCUACAAGCACCAUGCAACCAUGGGAAAUAGCACGUUGACAAAAAGGACCAGUGAUCGCAAUGAAUCUCGCAUUGGUUCAACAACAAUCCAAACACGACGAUUCGAUAAGGAAUUAAGUUCAUUCGCUGAAGAUCGUCAGAAUGAAUCAAGUGCUUUUGAAAAAAAAUUCCAAACUAUGGCAGACAAUCGCCAGCAGACUAAUCAACACCGAGCAAUAAACAGAUCGGGAAGCAAUUUUAAUCGUGUUACCAGGGACAAUAUGCUAAGGACUUUAGCUGAAACAAAUCAAAUCGCCAGUUUUGGAAAUGUCCCAAUUUUUGAUCAGCGUAUUAAGAUCGAAAGCACAAGUUCAAUUGACUCAUCAACAGGAACAUACGGUGUCCCCUUCAUAAUUAACAAAUCCAACCUCCCUUUUGAUGACAAUUUAGUUGUUGAGUCGACUGAAAUUGUCUCCAAUGAACGACGAAAUGAAGCCAGAAGUGAAAGAGCACAGAUAUUGAAGAAUAAAUCACGACCAUCAAUUCCAUCAAAUCAGAUGGAAAUUAAGAAGCGAUUCAAGUGCAACGUUUGUGAAUAUUCCAGCAAUGACAAGGGAAAUCUCAAAAAACACACGCGUUCCCACACCGGCGAGAAGCCGUAUCAGUGUGAUAUUUGCCGCAAAGGAUUCAUAACCCGGCAAAGCAUGAAGAAGCACAAAGUGACUCAUACUGAUGAAAUCCCGUUCCAUUGCCGAGGUUGUUUCAGUGGAUUUUCUCAGAAGACCGAAAGAGACGUCCAUGAAAAAGUGUGCAAAUAUCGUCGAUAUGAAUGCCAUAUCUGCAAGAACUUUUUCAAUGUGAAUAAAACUCAGUUGAAAUUGCAUAUGCGAAAGCACAACGGUGAAAAACCGUCCCGAUGCGAGAUUUGUAUGAUGCGUUUUACGGCAAAAUCUAGCCUGAAAGUACAUUUGGACACUAUCCACACCAGAAACAAUCAUUGAAUAAUUACAUUCACUAGUUACAUUCCCAACAUUCAUAUCAAUUUGCUUUCUUUUCAAAACUUGAAAUUCAAACAUUCGUCUUAACUGAAACUUAAACCGAGAAAAGUUUAAUA